AUGGUAGAGGUCUCCUGCCCGUCGGCAAGUUGCCAACAGAGACUCUACCACAGCAAAAAUGCGCACUCUCGAUCCCCACCGGGAGGACAGCGGACUGUUUGCGCUGCCAUCGUCCAGGCUUUAUGCUCGUCGACAACGCGGCGGGCGGUGGCACGGCCACAUGGCAAAGUGCUCAUUGUGUGGCUGGGGUCCUUUGAUUACCAGCGAUACUGA